CAGUGAGGAGGAGGGGGGGAAACACGGCUGUGAGACGAGUUACUGUUAAAACUAGUGAACAUUAAAACGCGAAAUGUUUUGAAUCGAAAUGCUUUCGUUCACUUUGACGGGAUAGCAGCGACGCCGAAGCUGAGGAAAGUUGACGGACUGACAGCCGGAGAGAGAAGCCGAGGCUCGAGCCCACACGUGGAGCACGUCGCUUAAACCAGAGCGAAUAGCGGAUCUUCAUCCCUCUUUCCGCUGCUCGCUCCUGCCCACCGUAGAGAUGAGUGCCAAGUCAGCCAUCAACAAGGAUUUGUUCACACCCCACAACGAGAAGAUGCUUGCAGCCGUGCAGGUGAAGCGGAGGACCAAGAAGAAGAUCCCUUUUCUAGCCACCGGUGGUCAGGGAGACUACAUGACCUUCAUCUGCCUCUCAGUGACAAAUAAGAGGCCAUCCCAUGUAUCAAUCACUAAAGUGAAGCAGUUCCAAGGCUCUUCAGCCUUUGUAAAGAGGUCACAGUGGACCAUAGACCAGCUACGGCAGGUCAAUGGCAUCGACCCCAACAAAGACUCUCCAGAGUUUGACCUGAUGUUUGACAAUGCCUUUGACCAGUGGGUUGCUGGUUCAGCAGGAGAAAAGUGCACCUUUGUCCAGAUUCUGCACCAUACCUGCCAGCGCUACGGCUCUGCCAGGAAACCGGAGUUUGUCAACUGUCAGCCCAAACUGCUGGGGGAAGACCAAGCUGUAGAUUCGGUCGUUUUCCGUUGCAAGGUCUUUUUGAACAGAAUGAGGAAAGAUUUGGUUGCACGCCACAGUCGUCUACUAAGACAAGGGAACAGCAUCCUGCACUCUGCGGCAGACAGUGUGACGAGUGCAGUACAGAAGGCCAGCCAGGCCCUGAAUGAGCGCGGUGAACGAUUAGGUCGGGCCGACGAGCGGACCGCGGACAUGAUGAACAGUGCUGAGCAGUUCGCUGUCACCGCGCACAAGCUCGCCAUGAAGCACAAGUGUUAGACUGAUGCCAACCCUGCCGUGGAUCUACCGAUUGCCAGCACAUGGAGCGGAGUCCAAAUUUUAUUCUUUUUAAAAAAAAAAGUAAUAUGAUUACUAUUUGUUAACAAUGUUAACGUUUUAAUUUUUUUAGGGUUAUUUUAUUCCACGGUGCAUCUCGUUGCUGACAGUGGGACAUGGCCAAGAGACGGGUAGAAACUUGCUAAGACUGGCUAGCUCCUUCUCCAUUCUGUCGCCCUGAAUGAUGCACCCCACUGAGACGAGCUACACUUCUUUUUAUCAACCAGGGUCCUGCAGCGCCCCUCUGUCCAGCACAUCACACACUUCCCACAUCACAUACAUUUCAUUACCAGCUAUCCAACGGUGACAAAGACAGUCUCAGUUCAAAGGUUACUACUACAGUAUGUCGUGUGAUGAUUUGUGUAGGCUGGCCUGUUGGAUAGAGGCAGAUCUGUGCAGGCAUCACUUUUUACAUGAGGGGUUUAGCAGUGUUGUCAGUGGGAGAAGAUACAUGACCUGUAGACUGAACCUCCUAGCUUGAGAUGUCCCAUACAUUUCUAACCUAUAAUUUAGCUUGUGCCCAGUGAAAUACGCCAGGACCAUAUUUCGGGAGAGCGGGAUAACCAAAAAAAGUGACCAAACAACAUAAUGGCCAUUAUAAAGGAGACAGCAGAUGACCCUCCAGCGUGAAUCAUACCGAAACAGCACUGGUUCAUCGGCUUCUCUUGUUCUUUGACUGUUAAGGGUUGUGACGUACCGAUAGUCCUGCUGUGAUGUCUACUCAUUUCAAGUGCUGUCGCUACCGUUUUAGCCACACAUGGCGAAGACUUUUUUUUUUCUUCUUCUUCUUCACAAUCUGCUGAUGAGACUGAAACAAAGCGGUUAAAGUGACACAGUAAAUGAGAAAACUGAAAUUCAUCAGCCCACUGUAGGACUCUUAUGUUGUACUAAAACAACCCAAAACACUGUCAGAAAAAUAAAUCAAUAAAUAAUUGUACUUGAGGAACUUUGUUAUUAGGAUAAGCUUUCCAGGUAUGAUUAUUCACAUUAGAUGGGGAGUAGUGUUGUAAACCAGCUUUAGCAUUGUAAAAAGCCUAUGUAAUUCUUCUAGUGCUAGUAUUGAUGUUGGUAGAACUAAUUUGUCCCAUAAACAUGACAAGUAUUGAAACCGCUACUGGCUGUAUUUCAACUCUGGUCAAUGACUAGUCUUACGUCGUACUCUGUAUAAUUUGGGUUGGUCAUAAUGGUCGUAUUCUGAUGUGUGUGCAGGCAGAUAAUGGACAAAACGUCAAUAGCAGCGGCAAUGUGUAGUCAUUUCUUUUUUAUGUCAGUGCGCGCACACACACACACACACACACACACACACUGUGUUAAUGUGGCUUCUCUGGCGAGAUAGAGCCCUCACAACAGGGAUGCGUCUGAUUCUGACUUUUGUAUUUUGGGUUUUAUAUUUCACGCUGUCAAGCUGCACUGACAGCCUUACCUUGCAGAGCACCGUUGCGUUCAAGAGGAAAUGUUCCAGUUGCCUCACUUCUAGUCUGCUUUUAGUCCACUCUAAUACUUUGGAUGUUCAUUGUUUUAAUAAAAUUAAAAAAAUAAAUAUAUAUAUAUAUAUAUAUAUAUAU